AUGGCGAGACAAAAUACCUUCACGCUCGUGCCCAACCCUCUGGGAAUGCAGGGCCUCAUGUCGCGACCGGCAAGCGGACCCGAGAGCAAGCCCCCGAUGACAUCGAAACAGGCCCAGAAACUCUACAGGCAGGCGAACCGGCAGCCCCGGAUGUCAAAGGCUGAACAGCGUCGACUCGAGCGCGAGGAGCAGGAGCGUAUUCGAAAGGAGCUGGAAAAAGAAAAGCAGGCUGCCAAGGCACGCGCCUUGCGCGAAAGAAAGAAGGCCAAGGAACAGCAGGCGCUCGAAGACAAGAAGCGCAAGGGCCUGCCGCUUGUCGACGUACGACCGAGCCAGGAUACAAUUUCGAGAUUUGUCAGAGGCAAUGGCCUUGGAAAGAAGCGAGACUCGACCGGCGCCAGCCUUUCACCUGUUGUUGAGGACCCGGGGUCGGAUAAGGAGAACAAGAGCUCCCCCGCCGAACAAGAAGUGCGCGAGGGUCACCACAAGAGAAGGCGCUCUAGUCUGCCCGACUCGCCAUCGAGUGCAAAUACUGACCAGUUAGACGUUGGGACAAGUCGGAAAGUCCUUCAGGAGACAACCAAUAUGCUGAAUACUGGGCCAAAAGUUGCAAAUCAUGCCUCAAGAAUCUCACCACCCAGCAAAGCUCCGUCCGUAAGGACGCCUGCUCGUGGAUCCUAUACCUCAUCCAAUGUUCCCGCGUUCAAGCAGCCUAUACCAAGUUUGAAGUCCGGAGGAGUGCAACGACCAAAGUUCCUUUCACCUAGUUUGCGCUCAUCAAAUGCACGUACUUUACCACCACCGCCUCCUCCUCCUCCUCGCUCGACAAUCACCGACAGGACAAACCCUCCGCAAGAUAACUUGAUCUCAACUCCGCCGACGAGCACCCAGCUCUUCCUCAUGUCUCACAUAGACGACCUAUUUCCCUCCCCUUCCCAACAAGCACUCGAGUUGCAAGCUGAGCAGCCUGUGCCCAAACCAGACGUCUGGCCAGACUCCCGACCAGCGCAGACCGCUCAGCAGGUUGCUCAGAUAAACGCAAUGCCGCCACCUCCUCGUCCGGUCAAGAAAAUCACUGAACCCCCUAGCAUGCCGUUCAUCUCUACCCAAGAUUUAGUGCUCUCCUCGCAGGACAUCCAAGAUCUGGAGGCGCCGACGAACCCCCAGCCCACAAUUCGGCCGAGGGCGUCAUUGCAGACAAUCCGUUCACUACAGGAACACAACCUUGUCAAUAACCAUACUACUGCGCUGGAACAAGGAAGCCCAAGGGCUGGGAUCUCAACGGCAAAGCCUAGCUCUAAACCUCAAUCUCCGCCUGCACCACCACGAGACAGCACUGCUUUCCGCCCAGCAUCGGGCGUGGCAUCCAAGGAGGAGAAGAUUCAACCUCCUCCCGCCUCCCGUGAGAAGCCACGCUUCUUCGGUUCCAGUGGUUGCGGAUUAGACAUCUUGUUUGCCAUCGAUGAGAGUCGCAAGUCGCACGCAGAAGAGGAACGGAGGCGACAGAGUGAACGGCAGGGGCAAAACAGCGCGGGCAGAAACACGAGCCCGGAGCUUACCCAAGGUCAGCACCAAGACCAGCAUGGAGAUCACCCGAGUCAGAGGGUAUCCCAGCGCGAUCCGGCAGUUGGCAGCCUGCCAAAAGUGACAGCGGUCACAAUGUCUCAAGAGACAGAUUACGGCGACCUUGAGCUCGAUGCAGUGGACUUUGUGGAUCUCGGCUUGGAGAUAUGA